UCAUGAAGAAGGCCUUUAAAAGCUCAGUUUAAAACAAUAAUCAAAGCCAACUUAAACUUGAUAUUAUUAAGUACUGCUUCUGCUUUCUCUCUGGGGUCUCUUUUCUACACUUCAUCUUCUUCUUCUUCCAUUUCUUCAUGUGGGUUGGCCUUAAAAAUUACAAAGAGUACUUAAUUAAAGAGCUUUAGUUGAGGGAGAGAAGAAUAAUGGCGCUUGAGGCAGUUGUUUAUCAGCAAGAUUUUUUGGGCAUCUACAAUGGGUUGUUGGCAACGUCUAGUUGGGGCUAUGACUGUGGUGGCCUGGAGAAAGAAGAUGAAGAUAAAUUCUCUUUUGAUCACUUUAUUGACAACCAAACAGAAAGUAAUUUUCUUCAUGGACAUUUCAACGACAUGUUGUACCAGCCGAAUUCAUCCUCAGAUGCUACCAAUAAUACCAUUAAUAAUCCUAAUGGUUCAUCUUCAACCUUAAUCCAAGACCUUCCUCAAAUGGACUCUUCAGCAACCACCAGCAUGCCUAGUUCUCGUCCUAAACGGCGUCGAUCCAAAAGCCGGAAGAACAAAGAAGAGAUUGAGAAUCAAAGAAUGACUCACAUUGCUGUGGAGCGCAAUAGGAGGAAACAAAUGAACGAAUAUCUCUCUAUUCUUCGCUCUUUAAUGCCUGAAUCUUAUGUCCAAAGGGGUGAUCAAGCAUCGAUUAUCGGAGGCGCUAUAAAUUUUGUGAAGGAGCUGGAGCACAAGCUACAGUUACUUGGUGGCCAUAAAGAAAUGAAGGAAAAAUCCGAGAGCGGUUCACCUUUUGCUGAAUUCUUCACAUUUCCACAGUACUCAACAAGUUCAAAUCUUGGUGAUAGUGAAACAACAACUGUAGAGAAUCAAUCCGCCAUAGCUGACAUCGAAGUCACCAUGGUAGAGAGCCAUGCAAACCUCAAGAUAAGAUCGAAAAGGCGGCCGAAACUGCUGCUGAAAGUGGUUUCUGGGUUGCAUACUAUGCGCCUCACAAUCUUGCACCUUAAUGUCACAACAGUUGAGCAAAUUGUUCUCUAUUCUCUCAGUGUCAAGGUAGAAGAUGACUGUAAGCUGACUUCAGUGGAUGACAUUGCCACAGCUGUGUAUCAGUUGCUAGGUAGGAUUCAAGAAGAUGCUAUGUUUAAUUGAAAUAUGUGAUUUAGAUUUAGAUUUUAGAUUUAAUUAUCCACUGUGAUUUGCUACUUCUUCUUCUUCUCUUUAAUUUUACCCCCCCUUUAUCAUUAUAAUACCAUUUGUGGGUACUUUCUUUGUUUUUAAAUUAGUCUGUACCUGAAAUUGCUCACUGCAAUUACUGUUAAUCUUCUCCCAUUUUCAUUUUUAAUUAGUGUAGUUUGUUUGUUUUGUUGCCUUCUGGCUAAUGGGUUGUUCAUCUUUUUCCUCUUUGA